AUGACGAUGCUUCGUUCGAACGAGCAGUGCGGCCGCCUCUGGAGCAUCCAGACCAGCCGCACCCGCAGCAACACCCGCCGCAACACCCACACCAACACCUGCCGCAACAGCAACACCCGCCGCAACACCCACACCAACACCCGCCGCAACACAACACCCGCCGCAACAUCCACAGCAACACCCGCCGCAAGAGCCGCCGCAACACCAACACCCGCAGCAAGACCAACACCCGCAGCAACACCCGCAGCAACACCCACAGCAACACCAACACCCGCCACAACAGCAACACCCGCCACAACAUCCACAGCAACACCCGCCGCAACAGCCGCUGCAACACCAACACCCGCAGCAACACCCGCCGCAACACCCGCCGCAACACCAACACCCGCCGCAACAUCCACAGCAACAGCUGCCGCAACACCAACACCCGCCGCAACACCAACACCCGCAGCAACACCAACACCUGCAGCAACACCCGCAGCACGAGCACCACGUCCGGCUGGGGACUCGAGUCCCUCCCCAGAGCUCGCGCUGCUGGGCCCAGCCCUGCACCUGCUCCCGCCACAGUCCCCGAGGAUCAAAAGAAACGCGUCACAGAACCUGUGCGGGAAACCCGGGCCUGCAGCGGGGCGGGCCCCCCCACGAGGGAGUGAUGGGGGACGCGGCUGGGUCACGUACUCACCGGGAGACGUGCCAGGCACCCGUCCUGCCGCCCCCAGUGGCCUCUGCUCUCAACACCCCGGUGCCCAAGAGCUGGGCGAGCGGCCCGCGGGCAUGCUGCUGCCAGCACAAACCGACCCCCAGGAUGCAGCAAACGAGCAAUUGCCACGUAACACGCAGGCGUGCAGCGGGCGCGACCGCGCAGCCAGGGAGACUGGCGCAGCCCUGCCAAUGCCCCUCAAUCCCCACCCGCAGCCUCCGGCUGUCCCAGCCCUGAACACCCCCCUCUGCUCAUGCCCCUUACCCUCCACCCACCCCCAGCCCAAUCUGGCUCCUCCAGCCUGCUCCAAGGCCGUUCCCGCGCUGCCUGCGCCCGGCGGCGCUCACCGCGGGCGACUCGUCAGUGGGGAAGGGGGAAAUCCGGCUUCAAACAAUUAUUGUUUUUUCCACCUGACUGGCUGCAAACUUGUUAAUUUUUUUGUAAUGGGUGAGAAGUGUAGACGGCAGCUGCCCGGGAAAUGAGUGGCUGAGCGAAGCGCGGGGCCUUGGCUGGCUUUCAGCUCUCCCGCGGCUCCCUCGCGCACGCUGCCGUCUAUAAAUAACGCCCCGUCUCCGCAAUGGCAGAACGGCAGCGCUGGGUG